AUGUCUUCAGCACCUAGGAAGAAGGUUCUAUUGAAAGUCAUCAUUCUGGGCGAUAGUGGGGUAGGGAAGACCUCUCUUAUGAAUCAGUAUGUUAACAAGAAGUUCAGUCCACAAUACAAGGCUACUAUUGGAGCUGAUUUCCUCACGAAGGAGGUGACGAUUGACGACAAAGUGGUGACGCUUCAGAUUUGGGAUACUGCUGGCCAAGAGAGAUUCCAAAGUCUAGGUAUGGCAUUUUACCGUGGUGCUGAUUGCUGCUGUUUGGUGUAUGACAUAACUAAUCCCAAGAGUUUCGAGAGUCUGGAUUCCUGGCGGGAUGAGUUCCUCAUACAGGCGUCGCCUAAGGAUCCAGAGGAGUUCCCAUUU